AUGCUUCCACCCAACCCCCAACUUCCUAGACCUCCGCAUCGUAAUUCGAAGCGGACGUCAGGGGGUCAGGGCACUCCUUCGUCGUCAUCACACGUAUCGACGUCCACGUCAUCCCAAAACAAUCGAUAUUUCACGUACUCCUGGGAUGCUGACUGCAUACUCUCUUCGUCAACGCAGACAUCGUGUCCAUCCUUUGCAGAUGUCCGCCAGGACAUCACAUACGAUGACCCCUGGUCCCGAAGAAAUAUUUCAUCUGAGACUCAACUUGUCUCGAUACACCCAGAUCGCGGCUACACCGGACGACAUGGAGCUCAAGUAUACAGGCCCUCUCCUCCAGCGUCUUGCUUCAAUUUCAAGAGCUGGCAAUGGCUUGAGGACACACUCCAUCACGCUUUCACUGCUCUCAGUGCAAACAUUAUUCUACCCUUCAGUUUCGCCAUCCUCCCUUAUCCUUCUCAAUAUGGAUACCUUCGCGAUCACAAGACGCAUCGUCAUGCUUUGCAGUUGUGCAAAGACUUCAAGACUGGCCUUUCACUCCCUCCUCGGUCUAGUCAACCUGUUUUACGGUCAGGGUUCUAUGGAGGUGUGACACUGCACCAAAGAAUGCAGAAGCGCCCGCGCCUUCGCCGUCAGACCUAUUGCUUCAAUAUGGGCUUAGCGAUGCUCACGUUCGUGACAUCAUCAGUGCACUACAGCCGGAGAUCCUCGGGCGUUGCGUCGGCGUCAUUUUCGACCCACCCCACUGUGAAAUGGGCGUUUUAUACCCCUGGCUCAAUCGUAUACAAGUCCCGGUCUGGUUCAUACAAGCGUCGCCUACAAAAGACGAAUUCAUACGCAUCAGAACAGCAAUCGACAAGGCUAACUCUCAAGCAAUUCCGUCCAUCCCAUCUGACACCAAUCCCGACUCUUUGGAUCGAAUGGACUGCGCUUGUAGAGCCCAUGUCCGAGAGUGACUUCAAAAUGCUGCAAAGUUCAUCCUACCCUCGCGGUGAGAUGGAACUCGGUUUUUCCUUUGAUGCCAAGACGGAAUUUGAGACCAGACCCAAGGAGCAGUUUGUAUACAACAAGAUCUCCAAUGAAUGGGAUAUAUGCUCCCUCUCUGAAUGUGAUGUCGACGCACUGGAUGGCGACCCUGGUUUCAAAUUUGACAAACCAAAUACAAACAACUCUGGUGUCUCAGAUGUAACCAUCGCUCAUUCCGAGAUAAAGACACCCCCUACUCUUCCAUCUGACCACAAUGAGGUCGGAAGAUCCAUUCUCUAUAAUCGCGAGAUUUCCCAGGACAUUUUGUUCACUUCUUCACUGGAAGACGUCCUAAGCAGUCGCUACAGACUUGAUGCCCAAUUCAGCGAGAUCUACACCAUUCGUAAAUACCUCAUGGAAAUGAACCUCCCCCUCACGCAACCCAAAAAUGAAUUCACCAUUCGAUACUUCAUCUCCUGCUUCUUGCUUGACAUCACCCCUCCCUCCAUCUUGUGGGAUCUGCAUCCGAAAAACAUCGACGAACUCGUCGAAUCCAAUGUGCAUUUCAACGCGGUGUCCGUCAUCCAAGGUAUCAGAGAACGAUGGGGCCCAUCUCUAGAGGACAUCAUCCUCUCCUUAUUUGAACGUGGCAUCAAUUUUACACUCGUUUUCAAUGCCCAAGUCGUGCAUCCCUCAUUUGCUCGUCCCAGAACCAUCUUUGAGUCGAUCCUCCGUCCUGCAUGGGUGGUUGCCAGGACAAAUACGAGUGGCAUACUCUGGCGUCUCUGCAAACAGGAGCUUGCUAGCGAUAUACCAAAUGGCCCCUCCAAAGACGUACAGUUUUUCGCAGAUACAUCUCCCGAUGCACCUAAACGGUAUCUCUCCGAUACUCUGAGCUGA